AUUGUAAUGCUAUGUCACUUUAUUCAUUCUAGGUCAAAGUGUCAUUUUGUUUAACCAUGGAUUUGAUACGUAAAUACUUGUAUGCUUUGGAGAAUGGGGAAGAAAUUGAUGGAAUUACAUUGGUAUACAAAGAAACUGAAAGGAGAAUCCAGUUUUCACAAGACUUACAGAUUAGGUUCAAUAAUGAUACAAUACAGACACUUCCAUUAGUUGCUACUGUUACUAUUCCAUCUCUUCAAUUGUCUCAUGAGUCUUUAGACUUUGGUACAUGCCUUGUGGGUCAAGAAAGGCAACUUGAGAUUUCACUUAAGAAUUUGACAGGCUCUGGCAGUUACUGGACAGCUACUGUUGAUAAACAAGCAAGUCACAUUGAAGCUGGAAUAUUUGGUGUGACACCGGCUAGUGGUUACCUGGAGGCACAUGUAACACAUGUAUCUCAGAGUAAAGCUUAUAUCAAGAUUAACUUUACUGCAAGACACAACACUGAUUAUGAAUGCGUGUUUAUGUUCCAAGGCAUGAUGGGAGAAGAGCCAAGAAGAUUGUAUGUACGAGGUCAAGGGUCAUAUGAUGGCAGGCAUGAGGCCUUAGUUGAUAUCUAAAAGUAUCAAAUGUAAUUAGCUUGCUGAUGGCAAUGCUCUAAGUUAGCUGAAAGAAUAAAGGUCCCAUGGUUGCCAGUGUAUAUUUGAAUGUAAAUUAGACUAAAUUAUAUGAAUGUUCUCUGUAUGUAAACAUAUGUGUAAAUAAUUUGCAUUUAGAUAUUUUCUGGUUUGAUUUGUAAAUUUUAUUGCUUUAUGUAUAUUAUUCUACCAGGGCAAUAAGAUGUACAUUUUUUUUAUAUAAACACUUUUUCCUGUGUGUAAAUAUUUCACAAUUUAACCAUACUGUAACAAUAAUUAUAUUGGGCAGCCUUAUUAAAUAUUAUUUUAUGCGAAUGA